CAACCAACACCUCACAUUCUAAUUCAAUAACUCCUCUUACAAUACAUCUCCUCCUUCCUCAUCACCUUCGUCCCCUAUUCAGCAGCCCUGAGUGCCAGUACCAGUAGAACUCCUGGAAAACACGAUCGAGCUUAUAAAAUCAAGAAAAGGUCGACAUAUAAUUUGCCACUAACAAUGGUUAAUGAUGCAGUUUUUCGCUCAGCACUGGCUUGGUUGGCUGCAAUGGUGUUGCUAGUGGGAUUGUGCACCCAAUCUUUCAAGAAAAUGUUGGUCACUUACAUCCUGGGGAUGUUUGCAAUCAGUGGAGUUCUUUUGCCUGAUUGGGAAUUCUUCGACCGGAGGUUCUCUCAGUGGCGCACCCCUUUAACAGUCGAUGAGAAGCGAACUCCGCGAUCUGUUCACACCCAAGCUACACCAACCGGGUUUAGGAUACAUCCAAUCAGAGUGGCCAUUUACACGAUCGUUUACGGGUUUGGGUUUUACAAGUGGUGGAUGUUCGUAUCAACCUAAUUCAAUUGUGGAAACUAAAUGGCUUUCAGCUCUACUUUUAUGCACUUCAUUUGCCUGUAAUAUCGAUCUGCAUCUCUAAAUUAUGAUGACAUUCGUCAUUAAGCUCAAUAGCUGUGACAUGUUAAGUUGUAGUAUGAUAUUCAACUCAUCUUUCAAGGGGAAGACUUGAAUAUGGAGAAACUAAUAAUGCAUAUUUAUUUUCUGUU